CCCAAUCCUAGGUCACGCUCACGCCGCCCACCAUCACCACGCCACCCAAAUUCCCGGUCCUUCCAGCCUACCCCCGCAGCCGACGACGGCGACGGCCUCGGCGGCGGCGGCGGUUGCGGUCCGAGCAGAAUCAGCCGGAGCGGGCGCGCAUUACCCGUCCUCAUCCAAUCAGGUCCCCAUCGGAAGGGGAAGGGAAGGCGAAGGCGGGGGUUAAGUCAACCGGCCCUCCUCGCCGCCGCCGAUGCUGAGGCGCCGGCCAUGGCGUCGGCGCUGCUCUCGUACCUGCAUGCCCUGUGGCCGUUCUCCGCCCUCGUGAGGGAGGAGGACGACCUACGCGCGUCCGCGCGGCUGGUCGGGGCGCUCUCGGUGCCGGAGGAGACGAAGCAGUUCGUUUUCGCGCUCCGCGAGCCGCCGGGAGGGCCGCCGCGGGAUCGGGACGGCGGCGGCGUGAUCUACAUCCUCGCCGCGCAGAACCUGUCGGAGCAGUCCGCGUCGGACGCCGAGCGCCUGAUCAGGGAGGUGCGGCCGGGGGCCGUGGUCACCCAGGUCGCGCGCGCGGCCCUCGACGACGUCCGGAUCGAGGAGGCCUGCCUCGCUGGCAACGGCGGCGAGGGCGUUCCGGUUCCGGCGUCGCCGUUCCAGGUGAUCAAGCAGUGCGUCACGGAGAAGAGGAGCAAGGAUCAGUAUGUGAAGGCGGCCGCCUGCCAGGUCCUGCAGGAGAUCUUCGGGGUCGGGUUCUACGGCCAUCUGCUUGCUGCCAAGCGAGCCGCGGAGGAGACGGGUUCGUGUUUUCUUUUGCUCGAGUCACCGUAUGAGAGGAAUUGUGGCGGCAAUGGGUCGGGCAGCCAGAAUAGUGCUGCGGAUGAUGGUUCGGCCCAGCAAUUACAGGCUAGCUGCUCGCUCCCUCACAGCACCACAGAUGAUGAAUCAGGUUUGCAAUUGCAGGCUAGCUGCUUGCUUCCCAGGAGUGCCACUUCAAUCGUAAGCUCCCAUGGUAGGACAAUAUGCCUUAUGGAUGAUAAUGGAGGACAACUCUUGAAGUCCCUGGCUCCAAGUCUCAAUUUCCUGAUGUCCCAAGCUAUCACUUCCAAUGCUGCUACUGAAUGCAGGCCAUCUGAAUGCAAGCCGGCUGAUGGAUACGAGGCCCCACCAUUUGCUCAGUCUGUCUACCCUUUACUUGCUGAUCUGUAUCAUAUAUUUGUUGACAUCCCAUCGAUCGGGAGGGCUAUGGCUUCUGCUCAGCAGUUGCUUACACAAGUUCACGAGGGGGAGCCAAUCAGCAGUGACAUGUUAUCAGAUGUGUACAUAUUUAGAAUUGCAAUAGAGGCCCUUAGAAUGGGUUUAAACAAUGCAGCAAGGUGUCACAUUGAUACUAGAGAUAAGGAUGGUUCAAAAAAGCUGGAGUUUUCAGACCUCCGAUCUGAUGAGAAGUGCCACAUUCUUCUUGUGCAAGCUCUCAGGAGCCAACUAAAAGAGUUUGAUUCUGUGGUGGCUAUUGUUGAUGCAAGCUGCUUAGCUGGAAUAAGAAGACAUUGGAACACCCCUGUUCCUUCAGAGAUUACUCAGUUAGCUAGCAGGUGCUUCAGCCAUUAUUGUGAUGAAAAUGAUGACAAAAUUGAGCUGCCUUCAGCAGUCAGUACUGAUAAAAAAAGUUGGAUAUCUGAGAAGCCUGUGGUUGCUGUUGGUGCAGGAGGUACAGCAAUUUUGGGCUUUUCAUCAUUGUCAAAAACUGUUCAGGCUUCUGCCUUCCUUAAGCUGGCUCCGUACAAAAGUCCAGUAGUCCUAAAGUAUGGAUUAAUGCAGCUACAGAGACAUGCUGCCAUUGUAUUAAGCAAGAUUCUCCCUCAUGGGUUUGUUACUGCUGGUUCGAAGGCAUCUGCUCUACAGUUCACGGCUUCAGCAGAGAAAAUCCGAGCAGUGGCUCACACUAUAAUAUCAUCAGCUGAGAGAACGAGCUUGUUGGCUAUGCGGACGUCAUUCUAUGAAAUAAUGCAGAAGAGGCAUAGACAGCCUUUCAGAAUAACUCCUUGGGCAACAUUUGGCUGCAGCAUGGUUGCAUGCGCUGGACUCUUGACGCAUGGAGAUGGGAUUGAGUGUGCAGCCGAGGCAGCACCUUCUGUUCCAAUGAUUGCCUCUCUGGGCCGUGGCCUUGAGGGCUUGCGUCUCACAUCUCAGGAAGUCAGACAAACGAAGGGCCAUAAUGUGAAAGAAGCUUUACAAGCUUUAAUGAAGAGCUUGAAGAAAUCAGCAAAAUAAAUGGCCAACACUUUACAACUGGAGCUGUAUAGAUUUUCAUCAUGCAAUUUUGGAGCAAGACUUAAUUGCCAUGAACUGUAAAGUGCAUUUUCUUGUUGGCUGAGAGUGAAAUUCCCAAGGUGUUUGUACUUAUGGGCGAUGCUAGCUUGAACUAGGGAGCGCUUGAGCCAGAUAAGUGUGUUUUUUUAUUGACCUUCUGUAUAUACAUACAAGAUAUAACACUGUUAACACAUUGACAUGAAUGGAGAUAUAGUUACAAAAUACUACUGUGACUUCUGGCACAUUUUA